CUUCGCUGGGCUAAAAGGGCCCAACUGCCAAGGCCUCUCCAGUUUAAAAAAACCGGUUUAACAAUAAAGUAGCAUGUGUGCGGUUAAGCCCCUCCCCCGGAAUGACGCCAUCGGGCCACCCUCUGACGUCAUCGCCUCGGUUCAGAGACAGACCCAGUUGCACCGCGGGCACCGUGUAGACGCGCUUCCGCACAUGCACUGUCACACGCACACGCAGAGGCGGUUUGGAAAGCUGCUCCCAGCGAGCACGCUCGCCCUUUGUCAGCAACAUUCGCAGGGCUGCAGGGAGGGAGGACUCGGCGAGGACGUCUGUGCUGUCCUCCGGCUCUCUGGUCCCCUCAAGGAGCAGUAUGCCCAGCUGGUGAGUGACACACGGAGGCUGUCUGAUAUCCAGUGGUUCCGGGAGGCCUAUGGGGCUGUGACACAGACAGUCCGCGUGGUGGCCUCGGAGCAGAGCCGACAGCAGCGGGGCUGGGUGUUCACACCAGGAGUGGACGAUGGCGAGUCCGAAUGCGGCCUGGACAACUUUGGGGACUUUGACUGGGUCAUCGAGAACGACGGAGACGAGCAGCGCCUGGAGGAGCAGUUGGGGAACCUGAUAGGAUUUGUCCGCUCCAGACUUUAGUUGUUUCUAGGAGCACCGACGCUGCCGGGUGAGGGUGGGGCUAACUCUGCCAGAUGUGCUGGCCCAGCGGAGAGCACACGGGGGUCUGGCCCAGCAGGUGUCAGACAGGACAAGAAACCUCCAGGAACUGUAACUUUUCUUUAAUAUGUUUUUAUCGAUUUCAGAGAGGAAGGGGGAGCGAAAGAGAGACAGAAACGCCAGUGUUGAGAG